AAACGUGUUUGGUAGAGGGUCGGUAGAGCGUGUGGAUGGACGUAUUUGUGGGAUGAUGUUUAGAACACUACUAUCGGUCGUAUCUUCUCCUUUUCUCCCAGCAGGACAACAACCCUUUCAUGUUGUUCGCCACGAGGAAACACAGAGGACUACAGCAUAAGAAAAGAACGCGACAUGGCCGAGUGAAGAGCGCGUUCGUUCAGAUCGGAAACGCGCUUUGUCGUCAUGUGAUCAAUUGAGUGGCACCCCCAGAAAGAUGUUCCGGCCGUUUCUGUCGUCAUUUUGCACCCAACUGCGCCGAAGAAGAUCCUCUUUUCGCUUCGCUCCACUCUUCUCAUCCAAUUCCACACACAUUUCUCCAUCACACCCUUGACCAAACAGAAAGUCUCCAUUCAUUCUCAUCACUCAACCAACACUGCACGCAAAACCAUUUUGAAAAAUGAGUUGGGCAGGAUUCAAAAAGAACCUCAACAGGGCCACGACCUCGGUGCUCCACAAGACCGGGAACAUGGACCGCACCACAGACAGGGAGUUUGAGGAAGAAGAACGGCGGGCCAAGCAACUGGCGUCAAAAGCCGAGAAGUUACACAAGGAAGCGAGCGGAUACGCCAAAGCUAUGCGAGAGAUGACUGCAGCACAGGUCAGGAUCGCCAACACGCUGGAAAAUUUCUACGACGAAGGCGAGCCGAUGGGUCUGUCUGGACAAAAGUACAGGGAUGCUGUCACGAAGAUGGAGCAGCAGAUACAGGAGGAGGUACGAUCUCCUCCUUACCGUGCGGCAGUCUUGGAUCCGAUCGGACGCUACAACGCCUACUUCCCCGAGAUCAACGAGGCGAUCCGUCGUCGGAACAAGAAACUGCUCGACUAUGACAACGCACGGUCCAAGGUCCGCAAGCUCGUCGAGAGACCCUCGGAGGACUCUACAAAGUUACCCCGUGCGGAACAUGAGGCCAAUUUGGCCCGGGAUAUGUACGAGACCAUGAACGCGCAGUUGACGACAGAAUUGCCCAAGGUGAUCGACGCAAGGGUCGGUUAUCUGGAUCCGUCGUUUGAGGCGGUGGUCAAGUCCCAGCUGUCGUAUGCUCAGGAUGCGCACAAUGCGCUGGAGGGGUUGAGACAGUACUUCCCGCCGGAGCCGCAGGAGUAUGAGCUGGAGCAGAAAUCAGAGGGAAUUUUGCAGCAGAUGAGAGAGCUGACGAUUUGUGGACUGGCAUAG